AUUGGUCUCCGCGUUCUUCAUGAAAGAUUCUGCGUUGCUGGGUUCCCCUGGAUAUCUACUAUACAUAAAUCUGAAGGGCCCCAUCUAAGCGAUCGUCUUCAUCUUGUGCCAAUACCGUAACAGCGGUUCCCCCCUGGUUCGUCCUGUUACAUGUACAUACAGAGCGACGAUCGAUCGCAGCGGCCAUCUUCGCCCGGAUCAGCGGUCACAUCGAGUCUGUGUCAAUUUUUCUAGUGUCCCUUGACGUCCCAUGGUGCAAACUCUGCUCCAUCAUACUCUUGACACACCAUCUCUUUUACGCUGGCUUGACAUUCACGAUGGCCUCGUUACAUCUCUACACUCGAACAGGGCCGCCGCCCUAUCCUAAUCCUUUGAGUCUUCCUACGACUCCUCUUCAGCAAAAGGGCCUCGCUGCUCUUUUCCUCUUUCCGGCUUUAUCGAUCAUCAUUGUGUCUAUGCGUAUGUACAGUCGCGUGACCUCACGGACAGUUGGAUUAGAUGACUGGCUCGUGCUGGCAGCUUUGUUCUUCGCUUUGAUGAUGAUUGGACCUCUCUACAUGUUUAUGAAGCUCAACUACUGGGGAUUCCACGAGCGAGAUGUCCCAAAAGAUCUUAAUCUCGCCGCUGGCUUCUGGUGGAACUUUCUCGUGCAGAUGUUCUACAACCCCGUCCUGGCACUCGUCAAGGCCUCGAUUCUAGUAUUCCUCCUUCGCUUGGGUGGUCAUAAAACCAACGUGCGAUACGCCAUAUACGGACUCAACAUCUUUAAUGCUGCGCAUGCCGUCGCCAUCUUCUUCACAGCUCUCUUUCAAUGCUGGCCCAUUGAAGCCAAUUGGGACUUUCCCCUGCGAAAGGAACCUGGCGUUCAUUGUGUCAACAACUGGUUUCAUGUCAUUGCAUCUUGCAUCACCAUCGUGACAGACUUCUUGGUUGUCGCACUUCCUUUUUGGAUCUUCCUUGGUCUAACCAUGCGAUGGGCAACCAAGAUUGCUGUUCUGAGUGUGUUUUUGUUGGGUAGCGUAGUCGGUGUCAUCGGCAUCAUCCGUGUCAUAUCCAUCUAUCACCAACUCGUCGAGGGACCGAAACCCGGCGAAGACACCUUCUACUCCGUCCUUCCCGUCUGGGGCGCCGUCGAAACGAACCUCGCCAUCAUCUGCGCAUCGGUUCCCGCUCUCCGACCGCUUUUCCGACGAUGGUUCCCUGCUCUCUUUGGAGGAAGCUCAGACGCACCAUCUGGAACUCCAUACGGCGGACGAUAUGCCAACAACUCCCGCGGGACAGGUGGAAUACGAUCACAUAACCACGAUGAUAUCCGUCUCAAAGACCUUCGGGUUUCGCGAACUCAACAUACUGAGAUUCGUAGUGUUUCGCCGACCGGAUCCGAGGAAGAGAUCAUGACAUAUAAUGGAAUUAUGCGUACUACGAAUGUUCAGGUUGCAUAUGAGAAUGCUUCAAAGGCUACUGUGUCGGAAUCGAGGACUUCCAGUGAGAUACGGUUUGAAAGCAAGGCGUCAGAGGUUAGGUCUGGGAUUUAAUUUCAGGGGAUAUCAGGCAUGGGAAAACUUUGGUUGUAUAGUAGUUACUUUCUUAAUGAUUACCUGGCGCUUUCACACAGUCAUUCAACCAUAU